UGCAACGUUAACGGUUGUUGUUGUUGGGUGCAUCCACAGCUAGAGCAGCGAGUUCCGACGCAUCAGGUGUCAGUGACACGUAUUAGCUACAGCAAGACCGUUUUCAAGCGAAGGCCAUGACAACAGCAGCAGCCAGUCUCCAAAUGGCCACCUAUCCUGGAGGGAAACAGUCCUACUACCACCAGCUACCUUUCACAGUUCCGCCUUCCGCCCUCUCCAGCACCUACAUGUACGGAGGAGGGUGCGGUGGGGGAACAAUGACGUUGACUCACCCUCCCACCAUGGCGGUCAACACGUACUGCUCAGACUCCGCGCUGGGUCUCCACUACAGUGAGAUGAAUGGUGGACACAGCACUGAGGAACUCAUUUCACCAACCAAGCACCACGAGCAGGCACUGGACAGCCAGUUGAACUCCUCCCCUCCUCCUCCCCCACCUCCCACCAUCGAGGAAAACCACCACCACAGACAGCGCAUCAGCUCCGUGGACGAAGCCAGCCUCUCCCCGCUCCCCGCCGCGGCCGCCAGCCCACCCUCCCAGCUCCUCUCCCCGAACUCCACUUCUCAGUUUCCCCCGGCGACGCCCUCUGUCCUCAUCAGCAGUUCCCAGCCUCUCCAGCACAAACCGACGUUCCUCUCCACAAUGACAAGCGGGAUCUCCACUAACGGUUUCCCGAGACUAACGCAGCAUCACUUUCCCCAGAGCACCUUCUCACACAUACCGUCCACUCUGAACAGCUUCACUCCGCCGUACACCAGUUUCAGUCCGGGAGCUCCACAUGCGGCUCUGCCUAAUGUUGUCAUGUAUCCUCAACACCCGGCGCCACUUCCCGACUACUCUUCAGGGACCGCGGCUUUCAACGGAAUUUGGAAUCAAUACUCCAACAACAUUCACACUCAGAAGCUCUCCUACGACUCACCACGGUACAAGCUCACCCCGGAGAGGGCCACGCCGCUGCAGAAGUGGUUCGACGAGCACAGAGACCAUCCGUACCCGACUCGACACGACAAGAUUGUUCUCUGUCAGGAAACCAACCUCACGUUCACCCAGGUGUCCACGUGGUUUGCCAACUGUCGGAGGAGAAUGAAGAAAGCGUCUCAGGAAGACGAAGAGAGACCUAACUGCAGCACCUCAACCCCGCUGCAAAACGGCACCAGUGGAAGAGGAAGCUCAAGCUCCAGUUACCACGAUGAUGACUCGACCAGCGGCGGUGGUCACGCUCCCAGACUCGGCUCGCAGAGUCCCGACGACGACAGCCCGCGCUCCAACAGUCGCCAUGACACUGAGGAGAAGAUCCACAACUACGGAGAAGUUUCCGGACUGCCGGAGAGAUUUUCUCCUACUUUCGACAGAAGCAGACCAAAGCAAGGUGGUACAACAGUCAACCAUCACUGAAAUUACAGAGACACACAAACUGCAAAACUGAAACGCGAACUUAACGCUAAAGAAGUCCUAACGUCGCAACCAACUGCCACCGCAGGGUGUUUUUAUUCCUUAAUUUUUCUUUCUUCCUCAUGUAAAGUAGUCCACAUUCUUUAAUUUUUGUACUUAGAAAAUAAUAAGUCGCUUAAUCAUUCAUAAUAACGAUACUAUAUACAGAUCAACAUCGACCGUGUUCUAUAUCGAUUGUAGAGACCCAGUGAAGUCAAUAGAGGUGCUAUCAUUAUUUUUGUAUCAUCAUCACGUCAUCACUUACACAGAGCUAAAUCCUAUAUACACAUACACAUAAUAUAAAAGAUUUCUAACAACAAUUAAGUUUCGCACGUGAACAAGCAGCUAUAGCUGUGUGAACUAAAACGCUGCCCACAGCCAUAA